AAAGAAAAGAGUCGAAGAUGCGUCAUCAGGGGCCCCUACUCCUUUUCCCUUUGGUGGUGUCUCGUACCUUUUUUCUUUCUUUCUCUCCAUUCUUCAUCCCGAUUAGCUGCUGCCCGUGUCCCUCCUAGCUCGUGCACCCCACUUGUAAUCUCGCACUUGAUCAAUUCCACCUCAUCCCAUCAAGGAAUACCAUCUCACACUCUGUUUCACAACCGUCGUUGUAACACCCAGGAGACCCUUGCUCCCAACUGCUGCUACUGCUCACACACAGAUAUCAGCCAUGGCUCACUACAUGCCACUUCAGGACUUUAAUAAUCCACCGCAACAACACCACCAACCAUUCAAUGCUACAUAUGAACCAGGCAUAGGAGGGGCUACCCCAGGGCUCGGACAUAGCGCAGCCUACUCCUCUGUCGAGACUCCUAUAGGCGCUACUCCAGGGCUUGGACACAGCGCAGCUUACUCCUCUGUCGAGACUCCCAUAGGCGCUACUCCAGGGUUUGGACACAGCGCAGGCUACUCCUCUGUUGAGACCCCCUUCCUUCCGCAUUCGACAAUGCGAUAUGGCGAAGUCCCUGAGCGUCAGGAACGUCGAUACAAGACCAAGAAGAACGUCCAGCUCACAGACGGAAACCUCAUCCUCGACUGUCCUGUGCCGUCUCACUACCUGAAGCAUCAACGGCAACAACAGGGCGAAGAGUGGGAGUUCAUGAGAUACAGCGCCGUCACCUGCGACCCGGACGACUUCAAGAACGAGAACUAUACUCUCCGCCAGGCUAUGUGGAACAGAGAGACGGAGCUGUUUAUCGUGGUUACUAUGUACAACGAAGACGAAAUUCUUUUCGCCCAAACGAUGCAUGGAAUUAUCAAAAACAUUCGCCAUCUGGUGUCGAGAACCAACUCCAAAACGUGGGGAGAAGGCACAUGGGAAAAGGUCGUGGUUUGCAUCGUGGCAGAUGGACGCCUAAAGUGUAACCCGAAGGUCUACAACUAUCUUUCAUCCAUGGGCGUCUACCAGGAGGGCAUUGCCAAGAGAGAGGUCAACGGCGAACCUGUGCAGGCACAUCUGUUCGAGUACACGACUCAGGUUACAAUCGACCCCAGCAUGAAGAUCGUUGAGUCAAACACGAGUGAUUAUGCACCCGUCCAGAUCUUAUUUUGUCUUAAGGAACAGAAUGCAAAGAAGUUGAACUCGCAUCGUUGGUUCUUCAACGCGUUUGGGCCGGUCCUCAACCCCCGCGUCUGCGUUCUGUUGGAUGUUGGAACGAGACCAGGACCGACAUCGAUCUAUCAGCUCUGGAAGGUCUUUGAUCUCAACUCGAACGUCGCUGGCGCGUGUGGUGAGAUCAAGCCAGUCAAAGGUUCUGGUGCAAAGAACCUGUUAAACCCUCUUGUCGCCGCACAGAAUUUUGAGUACAAGAUGAAUAACAUUCUGGACAAGCCUCUAGAGUCAGUCAUUGGAUACAUUCAGGUGCUCCCAGGAGCCUUUUCUGCCUACAGAUACCGUGCUCUAUUGACAGCGCCAGAAACACCGAACGAGGGGCCACUCGUCAGCUACUUCAAAGGCGAGAAGCCGUCUGCGGACUCGGGCAUCUUUGAUGCGAACAUGUACUUGGCGGAGGAUCGUAUUCUGUGUUUCGAAUUGGUGGCCAAGCGGAACUACGCCUGGACACUGCGAUAUGUCAAGGCAGCCUGGGCAGAGACCGAUGUCCCGGAUACGGUGCCGGAGCUGAUCAGCCAACGUCGUCGGUGGUUAAACGGUACCUUCUUCGUGGCCCUUUUCUCGAUCUUCCAUUUUAGGAAGAUCUACAAGAGCGACCAUGCGUCCUGGCGCAAGAUAUUGUUCCAUCUACAGUUCGUCUACAAUAUCCUAAGCAUUCUGUUCAGUUGGUUCGCAAUCGCAAAUAUCUACCUUACAUUCUACAUCCUCGUCAACUCCUUGACAGUGCCCGAAAACAGUCCCUUUGGUGAUAACGGUGUGGCAAAGGGACUUUUUGUCUUUUUGAAAUACGUGUAUCAGUUUCUCGUCAUUACCAUGUUCGUGCUCAGUAUGGGUAACCGGCCCACAGGAUCAAAACUGCUCUAUACGUUGGCGAUGGUCUUUUUCGCCUUCUUGAUGGUUUACAUGACCUUCUGCGCGAUUUGGUUGACGAAGCUUGGAAUUCAACAUGCAAUUGAGGCAGGAGCAACUAGUUUUUCAGCCAUGCUGGGCGACGCAACUUUCAGGACUGUGAUCUUGUCUCUGGCGUCGACCUAUGGAUUGUAUUUCGUUGGAUCUUUUCUCUACCUUGAGCCAUGGCACAUGUUGACGAGUUUUGUGCAGUAUCUUUGCAUGGUGCCCAGUUACGUGAAUGUUCUCAAUGUCUAUGCGUUCUGUAAUACACACGAUGUCAGUUGGGGAACCAAGGGUGAUACAAUCGAAAAGAUGGAUCUCGGCGUGGUUAAGGCAACAUCGGAUGCAAAGACGGCAGAGGUCACUGUCAGCGUGCCCGUGGAGGAAAAGGAUAUCAAUGAAGGGUAUCAGCUUGCGCUUGAUUCUCUUCUGGAGCGUGUGGAGGAGGCUCCCAGUAAGCGCGACGCAAAGACAAAGCAGGAGGACUAUUACCGAGCCUUCCGUACCCGUCUGGUUGUGUUAUGGUGUGCCAGCAAUGUGGUGCUUGUGGGUCUCAUCACAUACCAGGGUGACGACAGGUCCGGAUCGUACGAUGCACGGUCCAAGGUCUAUCUUGGGUUUGUGCUGUGGUCCGUCGCGUUCCUAUCGGCGUUCAGAUUUGUUGGAAGUGUGGCAUACAUCUUCCUGAGAUUGAUCUCGGGCGAGCUGCGAUGGUAAACAGCGCCUAGAUACCCCAACACGGAUGGUCUACCUCUUAUCCUUCCGCGCCGAGUCCUAGACUCAUUCAUGUUUAUAUCCAACCAACUAAGUUAAUAUACAUAUUACAACCCAUGUAUCAUUAUCAUUUCAUUUUCAC